CUAGCGGGUACAAAACUGAAGCGCCCGGGCUGUGAGGACUUGGGCAGCGGGAGCGUGCGAGCCUUCAUCCAGAGCGCGCGCGACACCGGCCGAGCUUGCGGGUUUGACCUUCCACGUUCUGGUCCUUUCCCAAGCGUCUCUUCCAGAGUUCAUUCCUCCUGAGCCCAGAAUCUUGAGUUGCGUCCACGAUGAGCAGCUUGACCCAGAAUCUACGGGACGCCAUGAAGGUCGUGUUCAGAGUUCCCGGUUUUGAUAGAGUUUUGGAAAAGGUGACGCUUGUCUCUGCUGCUCCUGAUAAAGUAAUUUGUGAAAUGAAAGUGGAAGAAGAGCAUACUAAUAAGUUUGGUACUCUCCAUGGGGGCUUGACAGCAACUUUGAUAGAUUCCAUAUCAACCAUGGCUCUGAUGGGGACAGAAAGAGGGCUUCCUGGAGUCAGUGUUGACAUGAAUGUAACGUUUAUGUCACCUGCUAAACUUGGAGAAGUAGUAGUGAUCACAGCACACAUUCUGAAGCAAGGAAAAACACUUGCAUUUGCCUCGGUGGAUCUGACCAACAAGAACACAGGGAAAUUAAUAGCACAAGGCAGACAUACCAAACACCUGGGAAACUGAGGGAACAAACAGCAGGGUGACCCAAUGAAGCCCAACAAUGAGUAACUUUCUGAAAUAAAUAUCAAAACCAGAAGUAGCUAAGUGUUUUCUUUGGGGUUCAGAAACUAAAACGAAAAUACAGUACAGAGGUUGGGGUUGUUUUUGCUUUUCUUUCCCAGAGUCUCUACUCCCUGUGUAGACCAGGCUGACCUUGAACUCAAGAGAUCUACCUUCCUUUGCCUCUCUGGUGCUGAUUAAAUGUGUGCCACAAGUCCAGUUGGGGUAUCUUUCUUUUGAAACAUCUAAGUCAGGUG